GUGGGGAUAUUAAGCCUAUCUUCCGAUUGUUCAUCUUAUUCUGAGUGAUCAUGGUCGUCAGAGCAUGAUAAAUAUUUUCUUAGCACUUCCUGACAGCUGCUGUUUCAACAGAUGUAAAAGGACAUGGCAGCCAGCGUUGGACUGCUGUUUCUGCUCAUAGGAGUCUCUUAUGGUAAUAAAAUGUUCUGUGAUGGCAGACAGGAGGGAGCUCAGUGUUUUCAACCCUGGGGAGCAACUGUGUUUUUUCAUCUGAUGGAUGAGGCCUCAGAAAAAACAAGAUUCCAAUGGACAAAAGAAACAACAAUAGUACUAAUUUGGAGAAGCAAUGGACUCGUGACAAACACAUUAGAGAGCAGAUCUGAAUUUAUCUCCAGCAAUGGGACAUUUAGGAUCAGCAACCUUAGGCGCAGUGAUGGCGGUGAAUACACACUUAAACUUUUUGAUUCUGAGGGAAAAGCAACAGGAGAACGGACUCUGCAAUUGUACAUUGAAGGCCAGUCCCCACUAAGAGUUGGAGCAAUCUCUGCUCUGCUUUUGUUUUCUAUCUAUGUCGUCUGUGUAAUCGUCAUCUGUGCUCAGAGGAAAAAGCAAAAUGGAAAAGGAGAAGAACUCCCUGCUGACUUAACCUAUGCUGACGUCAGGGUGGUGCAACAGCAAGAGAGGAAGCCAGGGAAGCAAAACAUGGAGGAAGAGGUGGAGUACAGCCAAAUAAAGAUUGCAGGAUGAUUCCAGUCAAAUUAGACUGAAGAAAUGAGACAAUAUGCAGAUGAAAUGAACUGUUGUCUGCUUUGGUAAAGACUGCAGCACUCAUUGCAGAUCCACAGAGAAGAUGACGAUGUGGACCCCUGAAGAUGUUUUACUCAUCUUUAGUCAUUGUAACUUUUAAGAAACCAUAUUUGGUAGCAAUGCAAAAACAACUGCUUGUUUAUUUUAAUUGCAAUAUUUGUCCAUGACUGUAAUGUUAAAUUUGAUAAACAAGUUUCGACAAAUUGGCAACCACUCAACCCAUUAAAUUGCAAAAAAAAAAAGUUAAGAGGCAAAUGCGCUGGAGUCCAAAGAAGGACAUGUUUUUAGUCUUCAUAUUUUCUGCAGCAACUCCCUACGCAAGUAAAAAACAAAAUAAAAGUUGUCAAUGGUGAAACAAAAAAAUGCUGUGUACUUAAAAAAGAAAAUCACCUUAACUAUUGAUGCAACUGCAUACAUUUCCCAUAUGAAAAUUCAUAGCAUCAUAUCAUUGGUCAACAAUUAAACAAAACUGAAUAUUUGAACAAAAUUCAAAAGCAGUGAUGGUUCAGAAAGUGAGAAAAACAAAUGACAUCUUACAAAAAGUGGUAAUAAAACUGACUUAAUGAACUGGGAGGUGGAUGAUUAGUGAUAUGAUAAAGAGAUGAAAUAUUACUGAUGACUUUCUUUUGUGAGGGAGGAUGAAUGACUAAUAAAGAGACAUAAGGAGUUUGAAUUACUGCACAGUUAGGCGGAUGUCCAUUUUUAACUCAAUUUGCAGUGAUGCUUUAAUCUUUCCAAUUUCGGAUAAUGGAUCGGCUCUGCUGUGUGAGAUGUUCAACAUGUUGGAUCUUCUCCACAACUUGACCUGACCUGUUUGCUGUCUGUUGGUCUUCAUGAUGGCGUUUGCUCUCCAAUAGGACAGAACUAUUCCUACUGAGAUUGGUUCACACACUGCACACUCUACUUAGUCAAAUUAAGGUAAUCUUGAAUGCCCUGGAAUAAAAAAAAAA